UCUCUUUUUUUUUUUCUUUCUUUCUUCUUUUCAUUCUCAAAACCACGCACACCGUCUUUCCAUAUUCCUUCCCCAUCUCUUCCUUACUUGCUUCCCAUUUAAGCAACAAAACCAACUUAAAAAAAGAAAAAAGAAAAAAGAAUAAACCAAUUUCAUCAUGAAGAACUUGUUUUUCCUUUUGUCUGCUGUCGCUGUUCUCUUGUCCCCCGCUUUGGCUGACGAUGUCAACUCCGAGUGUGUAGUCCAUGCAUUCAAGCCUUCGUGGUCCGCGAUUAAAGAGUGCUGCCUAUCGAACAUGGGAGGAUCCGAUUUCCGGCGCAAUAAAUUGUUCUGCAAAUUACCCACCGGUAAUGAAGGUUAUUUCCGCAGAUGUGUCAAGAAACUUGGCUAUGCUUCUACCGUCGAUUGCGUUUACUAAACAAAACUAAACAAAGCAAAACAAAAAGAAAAA